AUGGCGAAAGAAAGGUCGGAUGACUCGACGACGCAUGCGAACGUGUUCCCCCGCGAGGGUCUCCAGGGCGAUGGCCUCUUGCAUAACCCACCGAACGAGUCGUCCAGCAAGCGGCCGAAGCCCGCGCCCGUUGUCAACAUCCACAAAGAGUAUGACGCGAACGGCAGCUACCACAAGACGCGGCAAACGAUCAAGGAGAUCAUCACACAACACAAGGCCAAAGCGUUGUCAAAUCAAGAGCGGUACAUGCGUGAGCAGCAAGCGGAGAAGUUCAGGACCACCUUCCUUGAAACGCGAAUGGCCACCACGGGGGUCCCAACUCUCAACACCGUCUCUGUCGUCAUGGAGCGGCGCCGAGCACAGGGCGAAGCUCGCAUGAAAGGUCUCGCCAACGAUACACCGACGCAAGCCGAGUCCAUUCAGAUCGCCAUCCACCAAAGCUACGGCAGCGGCAAACUUGACAUCAAAGCGUUGGGAAUUGACGUGCUCCCCGAAGCGCUUUCGUCAACGUUCAUGCUCCAAAUGGCCCGGUUCAUCACCCACGUCAACAUCAGCCGCAACGAGUUCCGAACGCUGUCUCGGCAAUUUUGCGACGGAUUUCCCGGCUGCCAAGUCUUGAAUGCAAGUGAAAACAGCAUCAUGUCGAUGGCCCCCGAGAUUUCGAGGUGGUCUGAAUUAACUUCCCUUACGUUGGACUGCAACCGCCUAACCAGCCUCCCGGACAUGCUUCCCUCCACUCUGACCUGCUUGUCCGUCGCGCGGAAUCGGCUGAACGAAGUCUCGUACAUGUAUCGCCUCAGUGCACUGACCUACGUUGAUUUAUCUCACAAUCAACUCGUGACGUUGCCCAACGCCAUGUACGAGCUCAAGUACCUCCGUACGUUUGCGUGCGCGAGGAAUGCUCUCAUUACAGCAGCUCUCCUGCCGCUUCCUUCCUUCAAAUCGCGGCGUGCGAAGGCCAACUCGAUGGACGACGACAACGACGACGACGGCGAUGGAGACAAACCAGGGAUGCGAGCACAAGACUGGGUGCAGCAGGUGGACCCUGCGACGAAACAACCUAUUUAUUACAACAACAUAACUCGUGCUGUCACUCGAAUUCGACCUGCCGCACUUGGACCAACCCCAUCGACCACGGCAUGCGUUCCAAAGCUAGUAUUACCCAAUUCGGCCAACAGCCCUGACUGCAGUGCUCCUCAAGCAAAGCAACCAACUCACACUGCCAAGCACUUUCCAGGAGGGUGGGAGGUGAAGAAGGACGUGCCGACGCAGUUCCUCAAUCAUACAAACGGUGAAAUAUACGACUGGGUGCCAAAGGAGCUCGAUCGGUAUGAGGGGUUUGUGCAUAUGGAGCACCUCAAUCUGUCCAGCAACGAAAUUCAAGAGCUCCCCUCGUCCAUGGGCGAUAUGCUCCAGCUGCAAGUCCUCGAUGUCGAGCACAACCAACUCUCGACGUUACCAGACACAAUUUGCCAGUUGAAAAACCUGACUGUGCUGCGAGUGGGCUCCAAUUUUCUCACAACCCUGCCGACCCAGUUUUGCCGCAUGCCCAAGAUCAAAGAAUUGGACAUGAAGCUGAAUCGAAUGGUGGCACUGCCAUCCGACUUUGGCCAGCUCACGAGCUUGACCCACCUCGAUGUAAGCGGAAACUCGUUGGUGGCCGUGCCACCGUCGGUUCUGCAGCUCACACACUUGACAACGUUCAACUUGGUCGGAAACAACCAUCUGAAAGUGCCGUCCGCGGCAAGUCAGAAGAAUGGGAUUCCGGCCAUCUUUUGGGAAAUCAAAAAUCAAAUCCACAUAGACGCCAAAGGAAUGCCACCGCAGCCACUUCAAGUCACAACAGGCAUUGCAGCAGAGUGUGUGUCGACCGAUCUACACGUUCACAAAGAGCUGCUGCAACGGAUUGAGAGCGCCAUGACCACCCAAGUGUUGGAUUUUCACUGGCGCAACCUCACCGAUUUGCCGUUCCAGCUCUUCGACGUGACCAACUUGACGGAGCUUAGAUUAACUGGCCAUGCGCUUGGACGAGUGCCCGUCGAAAUCGCGCGGCUGACAUCGCUUCGCAUCCUCACCUUGCGCAAGAACGAGCUCACCGAGUUUCAUGCAGAGUGCAUCGCAUCGUCGUGUCCGUGGGAAAUGCUCGAUUGCGAAAACAACCAAUUGAGUCAACUACCACACACCAUCGCGCAUUGCACCAACCUCCGGGUGUUGCGCAUGGGGUGCAACAUCCUCGAGAAACUACCGGACCAAAUGGACACGCUGUUGGCUCUUGAGGAAUGCCUCGUUCCUCACAACCAUCUUGCGGCUCUUCCUGAUACGUUGGCCCAUCUUACGGCGCUCAGGGUGCUCGAUGUGUCGAAUAAUCGCAUCGAGACGCUGGCAUCGUUUGACUUUGCUUGCCCCACAAACCUCGUCGACUUUCGAGCAAACUUGAACUUGCUCUCGGAAUUGCCGCCGUCGAUCGGUCGGUCGAACCUUCUUGCCUUGUCUCUGUCUGGCAAUCGCUUCAAUGUGUAUCCACCGCCCGCAACGGAAUUCAAACACAUCGAGCGGAUUUGGAUGCAAGCCAACAAGAUCGCCGAGCUCCCUGUCGAGUUUGGGAACCUUCGGACGCUGCAACUGGCUCAGUUCGAUGGAAAUCCACUUCGGUCACCGCCUCCCGACAUCUUGGCCCAAGGCGUCGAGGCCAUCCAUGCAUAUCUUCAAAAGCGCAUCGACCGUGUCGUCGAGUUGAAGAGGCUUCUGGCAGCCGCUCAGUAUGGCUUCCACGACGAUCACUUUACUCCACAAGCGAAAGAUUUGCUCCACUCGGGUAUCCUGUUCCUGCUACCGUCGGAUCUGGCAGAUUUUGAAAAGAAAACCGACACGUACAUCAACGGCCCGUUCUACGAACACCCAACUGUUCGUGGGGUCGAUCUCGUUCAAGCGCUGGUCGAACUCCAGUUUCAGCGAGCGCAAACGGCGCGGAAGGCUGUACUGGAAGAUGUUCUCAAGCUGUGUCAAUUGAUUCAAGCCAAACGAUGGCUAGACAAAGUCGAGUUCCGCUACGAUUUAACUCGACCGUGGGGUUUUGAAGCAGAAGACUCCCUUGUGUACAUGAUUGAUCCGUGCGCGCUAUACAACGAUUGGGACGACAUCCCUGGCAUCUUGGGUGUCAUCAAGAAGCGCGUCGAGCGCGGCUUCAAGGACGAAGCUUUUAAUCACACCCGCGAGGUCGUGGAAGAUGCGCUGAACCAUUACAAAGGAGUUUACGGCCCCGUGGGGCUGGCCACGGACAAAGUGCCGUUUCGAUGCGGGUGCGAAGAGCUCCUUCGAAAGAAUAAGCGCCACGAGCCGUGUUAUCGCUUUGGCUGGGUCCUUCUUCAGAUAUUCAUAUCCCCCGAAGAAGCGGCGCGGCGUCAGCGGGAGCAGGAACAUCUGGCUCAAGCCCUGUGUCAAGUUCGUAGUGAAAUCCACACGUUUUGCACGACAUCGCGUGAUGGCAAGGCGCGACUGUUAAAGGAAGCCAAAACGUUAAAAGGCGAGCGAAAGCAGCGGGUGAAGGUUAUUCAGAAGCAGCUUCCUCACCUCAAGCGCCAAAUCGAGUUGCGACGGGCUGACUUGCAUGUAGCAAUUGAAAAACACGCGUUGGACAAAGCCGUGGCGGGAGAAGGAUGGAUGGACCAGGACGAGAAGCAAGCUAUGUUUGUACAAGAAGACAUCAACGACGACAUUACUCGCUUGGGAACACAAAUCCACGACAUGCAAGCGCUACUCAUGAAGAUCAAGGGCGAGCUACGUCAAGAUUACAACCAUUAUGCGACCGAAGUGAUAGAUAAGCUGCUGGUCGAGGCCGGCGCUCAAGUCCGCGACAGGAUUAUCAACAACCAUCGCAUCAAAGCCAUUCGAAAGCAAUACCGACGGCCGUGGGAUGGCCCGAACGGCCGUGACUUUAUCCAGUUCAAACAACAACAUAUCGGCUUGCCACCGGUCGAAUCCCCGCGAGACAACAGCAGUAUCAGCGAUGUGAGCGGCGACUUGGAUGAUUUCGCCAACGACUGGGAAGAAGACUCGGACGGGGCUUUGCCAUCGCUAAAAUCGUCAUCGCCAUCCGAAGACGAAAAUGAGCCCAAUGAAAAGGCCAAACACGUCGAAGGCGACAAAAACAGCAAUGGAGUGGCGGACCCCGACGAUUCCGACGACAGCGACAUUUAG